CUGAGGGGGGUGAGGCUGAGCCGAGAAUGUAGGGCCGGUACUCCCGACGGGAGGUGGGAGCCCGGGGUGCCGUUGGCCGGUGGGAGGGUACGGCUGACCCGGCUCUGUGGUGCCACCUUUCUGCCGUGCGGCGUGACGCGGCCCCUUCCUCCCAUCGCACUUUGACACCUUCGGGGCGUCGAAACAAUAAGGAGCUCUUCACAAAUCACUUGGUUUGCCAUCCCUCCAGAGGAGAAUUGGAUGGAACUCCUCCAGCCUUGCUGUGCACAAGUCUUUGAGUUUCCGUGUAUUUAAUUAAGUGGAUUAUCAAGUUGGCUUGAAAAAAAGCCAAAGCAAAAACUCUCCACAGCCCAGCAGAAGAUGUUUCAAGUUGUUCAAUAUCAGUCUUUAAGACUAAUAACCCAAAACAGUCUUUCUAGCAUGUGUUUAAAACUGAUGCCUUCAAGACCUGUUGCCUUUGCACAGAUAUGGAAGUCAUGGUUCUCAAGCUGUCCUCUUGUUGGAAACAAAAAUAUUAUCCUGAUGGGAGCUCCGGGUGCUGGGAAGACAACUGUUGGGAGAAUAGUAGGUCAGAAACUAGAUUGCCCUGUCAUAGACAUAGAUGAUGAUGUCCUUGAAACAACCUGGAAUAUGAGUGUGUCGGAAAAACUGCAGGAUGUCGGUAAUGAGCAAUUUUUAGAGGAGGAAGGAAAAGCCCUGUUGGAGUUCUCAGCAUCUGGAAGUGUCAUUUCCCUUACUGGGUCCAAUCCAAUGCAUGCUGCUAGCAUGCAGCAUGUGAAGAAAAAUGGCAUAGUUGUUUAUCUGGAUGUACCCACCACAGUCAUUAUGAGCAGGCUGAAGUCAAUGAAAGUGGAUCGCAUUGUGGGCCAGUCUCCGAGUGUUUCUCUCAAGGACAUACUUCAGUUUAGGAAGCAGUUCUACAAGAGGUGGUAUGACAUACGUGUUCUUUGUGGAGGGGAUGUUACAGCAGAGGUUGCAGCAGAAAAGGUACUUGAUGCUGUGAAGAGAUACCAAAACUCAGAACUGGAAACUUUCAUUUCAACUAGGUCUAGUAGGUCUGGAAGGAGUAUGGAAAAAGAUUCUGAUAAAUACUUCAGUGAUGUUGUUACGCAGGGCUUAGCCUCUGAUGGAGGACUUUUUGUUCCUGAGAAAGGACUUCCAAAAUUCACUGCUGGAGAAUGGCAAAGCCUAAUAGAAGCAACUUACGUUGAAAGAGCCCAGGUGAUACUAGAAAGAUGUAUACAUCCUGAUGAUAUUCCUGCUUCUAAGCUGGCAGAAAUUAUCGAAACUGCUUAUGGAGAAAACUUUGCAUGUUCUAAAAUUGCCCCAGUCAGGCAUCUGACAGGCAAUCAGUUUCUCCUCGAGUUAUUUCAUGGGCCAACAGCAUCAUUUAAAGAUUUUGCAUUACAGCUAGUGCCACAUAUAUUUGCCUACUGCAUUCCCAGAAGCUGCAAUUAUUUGAUUCUGGUAGCCACUUCUGGAGACACAGGAAGUGCUGUCCUAGAUGGCUUUAGUCGUCUCCAUGACACUGACAGGCAGAGAAUUGCUGUGAUGAUUUUUUUUCCUGAGGAUGGAGUAAGCCAUAUUCAAAAAUCACAGAUGAUCGGUUGUCAGAAAGAAAAUGCCUGGUCAGUAGGUGUCAGAUCUGAUUUUGAUUUUUGCCAGACAGCUAUAAAACAGAUCUUUACUAAUUCUGAUUAUACUGGCUUUCUUACAGUAGAAUAUGGAACAGCUUUAGCUGCAGCAAACUCCAUAAACUGGGCACGACUGCUUCCUCAGAUAGUUUAUCAUGCCUCUGCAUACCUUGAUCUUGUUCAUCAAGAUGUUAUUCCUUUUGGAAGCCCUGUAGAUGUUUGCAUUCCUACAGGAAAUUUUGGCAACAUACUAGCUGCUUUGUAUGCUAAAAUGAUGGGAAUUCCUAUUAGAAAAUGUAUUUGUGCAUCCAAUGAAAAUAAUGUUUUGACCGACUUCAUAAGGACAGGUGUUUAUGAUUUGAGGGGAAGAAAACUAAUACCCACUUUUUCACCGGCAGUAGAUAUUUUGAAGUCCUCCAAUCUUGAGCGAUAUUUGCACCUGAUUGCUAAUGAGGAUGGACAGCUGGUGACACAAUUGCAUAACCAGUUGGAAAAUCAGGGCCACUUCCAGCUGCAGGAAGAUCUGCUCAAAAAGCUUCAGCAAGACCUUGUGGCUGGAUGGUGUUCUGAGGAAGAGUGCCUGGCUGCCAUUCACUCUGUGUACAGUACUACAGGAUAUAUUUUGGAUACACACACAGCUAUCGCUAAAGUAGUUGCAGAUCGACUACAAGACAGAACUUGCCCAAUUAUUAUUUCAUCUACAGCUCAUUAUUCUAAGUUUGCACCUGCUAUCUUGAGGGCCUUGAAGAUUGCAGAAAUAAACCAGAAUCCAUUAAGUCAGCUUCACUUGCUAAAUUCUUACAGCCCUCUACCUCCAGUCCACUGGGGCCUAUUAGAGACCCUGAAAAAAAAAGGCAAUGAAGAUUACCAGGUCUGCGCUCCUGAUAUGAGUAUGCUGAUGUCCACUAUAGAAACCUUAAUUCAGAAUCACUUUAUGAGAGUGCACUGAGCAACUGAUCAAAUGACCAUGGUGUCAGUUGUGAUACUUAUUUAGCAAACCGCAUGUCUUAACGAAGUCAUGAUUUGCCUGGCCUGUGCCCAGUCUGCAGCACACCAACUGCAGUUUUAUACUCUGUUGUUGAGUUUUCAGCAGUAUUUUUAAGUAGCACGUGUAAUGGUGAAAGGUUGUGAAUUGAGAGUGUAAAAGACUGGAAUACUUUUUUUCAGAUCAUACACAGCAGAGACACCAGUACUGCCAGCUUUCCUUGAGAGUACUGUCUCCUUUGCAAGUCUGAAGCAUCCUCUGUGGAGGAGGGAAGAUAAUGAAGUCUGACCUUUCUAAAGCUAAUAACUCUUUCUUGUUGCAAGAACAAUGCAAUUAUUUGGUCAGUGGGUGAUUAGUUACACUUUAACUCACAUCACUUAGGGCACCAAAACAUAAUAAGAUGUUGUAAUGAUGUUCGAUGUUACUAAACGAGGGUUGAUUUCACUACAAAGAUUGAAGUAUACUUGUAUUGUUAGUCCUUGAACCAUUCAGUUUAGUGGUAUGUUAUCUUCUUGUAUGUUUUUUUAUGUAUUGUGAGGCCAGUGUUUAUGUAAAAAAAAAAUAAAUUCCCCUGAUAUUU